CAAAAUAUUAUUUUUGUUUGUUUUUUUUCCUGUCCUUCUAUUUCAUAUUUCUUGUAAAUUUAUGUUUGAAAAUGUACAAUGAAUGAUAAGAAAGCAACGAGACUGGUGCGCUGUUUGAAAUGUCAGAAAAUUUUUGAGUGUUCGCGUGAUGAUACUCUCGCUCUAAUUCAACACAUACGCACCGAUCAUCCGGAGGUAAAAUUUAUUGAUGUCGAUAGAAAUGUGGAAAUUGCCAGGAAGCAUUUAUCCAAAACGAACAAAAUUGGCCAGGAUAAUAAAGGACUCAGUUCUGAAGAGAAACAGAAUAGAGAGGAAUAUCCAAGUAAAUCCAGGGUAGAAGUGAGCCCAAAAAAUAAUUCUUCAAAAGAAAGUGGAAUUAAAAAGGAUAAUAAAUUUCCCCAAUAUGUAGCAGAAGAUGAGUUGACACGGCUCUCCUUGAAAUCAGAAAUAUUAGAAAAAUAUCCCGAAAUUAAGGAUUGUGAAUUUUGUCCUCAAAAACCCAGUGCCAAUGUUCUCUAUACACGUCGCUAUAAAAUUCAAACGCCAUCGAGCACCUCAGGCCUAAGCAGUGCCCCAAAAACACCGAGAAAACGACAGAUGUAUCGUAUGUCCAUAGAAAAAUGGCGCCCAAUCAAAGGGAAUAUCUAUUGUCCCAAGUGUGGUUGUAACAAACCUCCCUUGAUUGAGACUCGUAAUGAAUUCCUCACUGAAAAUUCGUGGUGUGCUUGCUGUAUGCUCAACUGUUGGCCCCUGUGUUUCAUACCAUGGAUAUUUCCCUCACACGAAGUGGAACAUUUGCACUGCUCGAACUGCAAGACAUUUUUGGGUCUCUACAAUCGCCGUUCGAAUUGUAUAAAACCAAAUCGGGAUUUCAAUAUUGUGGAAUAUGAAAAGAAUGUAAAAAUUAAAGAUCACAAGGAGGAAGAUGACUUGAGAUAUCUUAAACGAAAUAAAUCCACCACAACCAGUGAAUGGGUGAAGCACCAAAACCCGCCAAAUCGCCCAGCACCAGCAAAUCGUUUGCCCUCCAUUGUCAUUGAUGGCAAAGAAUUACAUCCGGAUAUGGUGGCUCGUCUACAGAAGUUUAAGAAAUUUGGUUCACUGGCGGGCAUAGAUUUGGAGGCCCUAACAGAUGAUAGCAACAACAAGGCUAAUUUGAGUGAUUCUCAUAAUGAAGCGGUUCCUAGACGCAGGGAGCCAUCUGUUGGUAACAAUACGUAUUAAAAAAGCUUUCCAUAGAGGGCUUAUUGAAAGCUUGCUUGCUGUUGCUAUGCUUUGACAUUAAACUGAGCUUUCAUGCUUCAAUAUGUGCUCACAGUGUUUCGAAAAAAUUUAAAUUUAAUAUUUUUGUUUAAAAAUGUCCAUGUUUAAAAAAAUAUUGAAAAUCGAAGAUUAUGAGUCGGAUAUUUUUGAAAACAAA